AUGAAGCAAGCCCCAGUUGGACCAGAGGAAAGAAAAUCUAUUUUAAAGAAGAUAUAUCAUGCUCUACGGCAGUCCCCCAUGUUCACACACUAUUCUGUAGAGCAUAUCAGGGACUCAGCCAUAAAAUCAGAACAGCUGACAUUUAACAGGUCAUACACUAAGCAAGAGUACAUGCAGGCAAUGCAUGCUAAGCUAGCCAAGAUAGAAAAGAGCUAUGUAAUGAAUGCAGAAGAAAUUCUUCGGGAAAUGGGAAAUAAGUCUGGGCAGGUCUUACCAGAGCCAAUUCACAUCACAAGGCCAAUGGGAAUAUUCAGGGACCAAAUGGAAAAGCCACCUAACCCAGAUAUGGAUGAGUACCAGAUGCACAUUCCAAAAAAACCAGAGUUUGUUUCCCUGACAGGAGGCACAAACAGAGGGAUAAACUUCUCAUUUAUUCCAGAUGACCCGCAUGCAGGCCGGGCCCAGCCCAGGAGUAGCACGCCCCACAUGCAGCCAGAAAUAACCCGAAUGACAGUCCCGCCAGGAAUGGGUCUAGGGGGAGGCGAUAUACCAGGGGCCCCAUCAGGCUACUCUCAUGCGAUGCCCAUUAAUACAACAAUUACAGGCACAGAAAUGUAUCCAGGGCAUGUCAAUGUAGGCACACACUUAAACAGCAGCGCAGGAAGUAGUCAUAUAAACAAUGGGCACUUAAAUAACAGCACAGGAAAUAGUGGACAUAUAAAUAACAGUAUAGGAAGUAGUCACUUAAAUAGUAGUCAUAAAAACAACGGCCAUAUAACUAACAGCCACAUAAACAAUGGGCAUGCAGGAAGUAGCGCAGUAAACAACAACGUAGGGCACACACAAUUCCUUAACCCGGAGACCAGAUAUAACCCGAAGAUGGGCAUGCACGGGAUAAAUGGUGCCCCAGGGCAGUAUGGGUUUAUUAAUGUAGGAAAAACAAGAAACACUUCGAUUGGGAUGGGUGCACCUGGGGGCAGGCCUGCCCCAAUGAACCACAACAUCAUAAAGAUAGAUCCUUUGACAGACCUGGGUUCGAUCCCAAGCACACGCGAGGGCAGAAGUGAAAUGAACAUAAAUCCAGUCGAAGUGAAUGGCAUGAAUAUGCAGAGGGAUGCACUAGGGGGCAUGAACAAAAGCAUAAGCCAAAGUAUAGGAAGAUUAGAGCCCUUUAUGCCGAUAGGUGGAUUUUCAACAGAAGGUGAAGCAAAUGCAUUUCCCAGAAUGGGGAUGGAGCACUUUCCAGAGGGGCAGCCAAUUAAUAUGGGCCUGGGGGGUAUUUCUUUGGGAAGUGUUUUGCACAGAACAGGUGCUGCGGGUAGCACAAAUACAGCAGCAAAAAUGAACAGCACAAGGGCCCCAGGCACACAGUUUGCAAAGGGCGCAGGAGUGCAUGAAAUAAAGCCUGUUAAGGUGCGGCAGGAAGAAAAGGCAAAAGUGCGCCCUAAAUUGGAUAAAAUAGAGUCACCCCUUCAGGAAGUAUCUGCAGAGUCUUCACCCAGGCCAGCGAGCAAGAAAAAAGAAAGCCAGACAGAACAAGAACUGAAGAAAAUAUCAGAAGAAAUUGAAAAAAUGAACGAAGUCCUGGUCACGCAUCAAAGCAUCUUCCCAAGAUGGGAGAAACAAAGGAAUCUUUUCUACAGCCUGGAAGAUGUGCUAAAUGCAAAGAUAAAGAACCCAAAUGAAGAAAUAGAAAAUAUCCAGGGAAUAUUCCAGCAAAUGAAAAAGCACAUAAUAGUACUCACGCAAGAGAUAAAGGAAGGAGACUCCCUUACGUUUAAAAAGAGAAUGGGAAGAAUCUCAAAUGCAUUUGUGCAGAAGCAAAAGACAGAGCCAGAGUACCAAUUUAUGACAACAGAGGAGUUACUUCUAGAAUAUAACUAG